UCCUUUAGUAAAGUUUUUUCUAUAUUCAGCUUUAGUAACGACUUUAUAGCAGUUAUUGCAACCACCAAAAAAAAAAGAAAAAAGGGGGUACAAGAAAGAAAAAGAGAAAUGCUAAGUAGCAGAGUAACAGCAGCAAUUUCUUCUUCUACUACUGCAACUUUUUUAUUUAAUAACCCCAAAAUCUCAUCCAAAAAAUUCCCUUACAUUUCUAACCCAUUGAACAAUUCUGCAAAAUCCAUUAAAUGGAAUUGUAGGAAUUCAAGAAUGGAGAAAUCUGCAUCAAGUUUUGUUACUAAAGCUUCAGCUCAGCCCCUUACAAAUCCUGGAGAAUUAAUUGAUUCUGUUGAAACCUUCAUCUUUGAUUGUGACGGAGUCAUAUGGAAGGGAGAUAAACUAAUAGACGGGGUCCCUGAAACUCUUGAUUUGCUCAGAGAAAAGGGAAAAAGAUUAGUUUUUGUUACAAACAACUCAACAAAAUCUAGAAAGCAGUAUGGGAAAAAGUUUGAAACACUUGGUCUUAGUGUCAGCGAAGAGGAAAUUUUUGCUUCAUCCUUUGCUGCAGCUGCUUAUUUGAAGUCUAUUGACUUCCCAAAAGAUAAAAAGGUGUACGUUGUUGGUGAGGAAGGCAUCUUGAAGGAGCUUGAGUUAGCUGGCAUUCAACAUAUUGGUGGACCGGAAGAUGGUGACAAGAAAAUAGAGCUAAAGCCUGGAUAUAUGAUGGAGCAGGAUAAGGAUGUCGGAGCUGUUGUUGUUGGAUUUGACCGCUAUUUCAACUACCACAAAAUUCAUAAGCUGCAUUGUUGCUGUUCUGUUGCUUCAGGUGGUGGUUCAAUGGUUGGUGCGAUCCUAGGCUCUACAAAGCGUGAACCACUUGUUGUAGGAAAGCCCUCAACCUUCAUGAUGGACUACUUGGCUAAUGAGUUUAACAUCCAGAAAUCCCAGAUAUGCAUGGUUGGUGACAGACUAGAUACUGAUAUACUGUUUGGACAAAAUGGUGGCUGCAAAACUCUUCUGGUUCUCUCAGGUGUGACAUCUUUAUCGAUGCUUCAAGAUCCCAAAAACUCUAUACAACCAGAUUUCUACGCCAACAAGAUUUCUGAUUUCCUCUCCAUCAAAGCGGCUGCAGUUUGAGCAAAUCCCCUGAUUAUCUCUAUAUGUGAUUCCAUUCUUUAUGACUUAGAAAUGCACUUCAUUUUGUGCAUCCACUUUACCCUUAUAGCUAAAAGGUGGGAGCUUGGAAUUAGGCUAUCUGAGAAACUAUACAAUGCUUUGUAAAGAUUAUGAAACCAUUUGAACUUUUAAAUAAUAAGGGUUCUUGGAAAAAUGAA